AUGUCUGGAUAUAAGGAUUUCCCCUCUCCUUCAGUGUGUGUCCAAGGUGAAUCCUGCAACAGAGUGACGUACACUGACAGAAGCAUCUGUGCCUCCAAAGGCUCUUCAGUAAACAUUUCCUGCUACAACAGUUACAAUUAUCAUGACAAAUCAACAUUGUGGUUCAGUCGUGAGCGUAAUCAUGGAGGGCAGAAUCCUCCCCAGCCUGAAGACCUUAGUACAGACUCCCAGUAUACAGGUCGUGUUCAUGUUGAAACAGAGAGAGGAUUCUCCACUCUGAGAAUCUCUGACCUGAGAGAGAGAGACUCAGCUGAGUAUCACUUCAAGUUCAGAACACCAAGAUUUGAAUGGAGUAGUUUACCUGGAACAACUCUGACUGUCACAGCUCUGCAGGUGCAGGUGAUCAGAGUCUAUCAGUCUCAGACCUAUGCAGAGCUGAAGUGUCACAGCAGCUGCAGUCCAGCUGGUGGUCUCUCCUACGUCUGGUUCAAGAACAGAGAACACAUUACCUCGGUGGAGACAUCUACUUAUACAACCAGGUUUAAUCUCACAGACGUCUUCUCCUGUGCGUUGAAAGGACAUGAGAAGUUCCCCUCUCCUUCAGUGUAUGGUCCAAAGCUUCCCUCUGUGUCAGUGAGUCCCUCUGCUGAGAUAGUGGAGGGCAGUUCAGUGAAUCUGACCUGUAGCAGUGAUGCUAACCCAGCAGCUAACUACACCUGGUACAAGGAGAAUGAAGACUCACCAAAAGCAUCAGGACAGAUCUUCACCAUCACUGAUGUUAGACCUGAACACAGUGGGAAUUAUUACUGUGAAGCCCAGAACAGAAGAGGACGUCAGAACUCCACCUUACAUCUGAUUGUUGUAGCAGGUUCAAUGAAAUCAGUAGCUGCUGGAUCCAUCACUGCUAUUUUCCUGGCUAUCAUAUUCCUCUGUGCCUUCCUAUUUAUUAGAAGAAAGAGGUCCUGGAAACGAACCAGCGAGCCUGGAGAGAGACCAGACAACCAAGCUCAGGGUUCAGUGUAUGACAGCCCUUCAGCUCCAGUCCAGAGAACUCCAGUAGAGCCGCAGGAAGACCUUUGCUAUGCCAGCGUGAUCUUCUCUAACAACCAGGAAGAUGCUCUCUACUCCAACAUCAGGCUAGCUCAGCCUCACAGACACAAGGAGGAAGAGGAGGAGGAAGAUGUGGAGUACAGUGCUGUCAACUUUAAGAGUUCCAGUGCUACCACAGAAUCAGGAAAUCAAGAGGCUGCGGAGGAUUCAUCUGAACUGUACAGCACAGUCAGCAAACACCCAAGACUUUGAACACAACACAGAUCUGUGGUCUCUUUAAAGGCCAGGGUUGGUAAUGUUGAAAAACUAGCAAGAUUUGAAGGAAGCAUCUCCUCGGUGCUCCGUCUAACCCCUCCCCCUGCCCUCUGGGCUCCCCCCACACACAGACAUGCACCCUGCCUCGCUACUUUAGACAGUGUUCAAGCAGGUUAAACACAUUUAUGAGUAUUAGGAUUAAGUUGAUAGACUGUAUUUUAUGCAUUUUUAUGACAUGCAGCGUUGCGUCAUUUGUUUAGUCUCAUCAGUUAACAGCUGGUAAACUUGUAAUUUAUAAAAAUACCAAUAUAGAAUUUGCUUAAAAAUACAAUAAUUUACUGCUAGUGUUAGCAAAUCAUCUUAUCAAGUACAUUUCUCUGUAUA